AUGCAGUGUGAGAUUUGUCAUCGCUCCGCAAGCAGCCGACUGCCCUUCAACUGCACGCUUUGCGCUCGAGAUGCCCUCCAUCAACCCAGGAUACAGCUGGCCCAGACACUGUUGCAUACGGAAUCCCUAGGGAAAGAGGUGGAACAAAAUGUCGUGGGGACCUCAAAGAAGGAGAAGGCCAGGUCUUCGGCAGGCGCCAAACCCUCAGAUGUGAACCACACUUGGACCGUCCACCGUGCAGCUUCCAACCAGUUCAUAUCGGAGGAAAAGACCCAGACUGUUCUCAGUCAUGUCGAAACCCUGCGUGAAGAGACCCAGAAAGUCAAAGCUGAGAUUGCGGCAAGAAAAGCAAAGCUCCUGAGGCGACGUUCGGAAUUCGCUUCAGCGAAGCACGAGCUGUCUCAAAGCCAAGCUAGCGCCGUCGAACCAGUGGAUAAGAGCAUCAAGCGCACCGAACACAGAUGGGAUGUCAUGCACAACAAGACGGCAGAGUCUCGACUGUUCCUCUGCAGGGAAGUAGCGCUGCUCUACGGCUUGCAUCAACGGAAGCGGAAGAAGGGUGGAUUGGGCAGAGAUAUCUACUUCAUCGGAGGAGUUCCCAUUGCUGAUUUAAGGGAUUUAAACAGUACGCACAUCCUUCAUAGCUCUAGCCAAUAUACUAAAGCGUUUUAG